UUGGAAUCUAUUUUUUUUUAUUUUUAGUUUGCUUUAAAAUUGCUUACUCCGUAGAAAAAAAAAGUUUUUAAUUAAUAAUUGCAACUUUUGUAAUCUAAACUAUUUGAAACGUUCUACAAAGCUGUCCUUCAGCUCUCAGAAGCUAUGUAUAUGAAAGAUGUAUUGUAUGCGUGUCUCUGUGUAUAUCCGAUGUGCUUUUAUUUGUCUAAACUUUGUUUUUCUAAACACAUACACAUCUUUUUAAUUUAAAUAACGAAACAAUACAAGUAUAUAUUUAUGUUAUGUGUGAAUGAAGAUAAUAUUAAAAUAGCUGCUAGAUUAAAUUGACAUCUCGGAUGUCCAAAGAAGCAAAUAAAAAUAAAACCCAAAUACCAUGCUCAACUCUACCACGACCUGUGUCACUACAAGAUGCUGAAAAUUCUGAUGCUGUUUGGGAAACGAUAAUAAAAAGAUUUCCAAAUACUGCACCGCUUUUGUGCGAAAUGGAAGAGGUUAUUGAUCGUGCACAAUCUAUUCUUUUGAAUUUUAAAUCUGUUUCUUGCCCAACUGAAAAAGAACAUCUCCGCUUUUCAAAUACCUCGAAAAACUCCGAUUCAAUAAAACGUCAGUCCCAUAUUGAUGCGAAUAUUCCAGAAUUUAUUGUUCCUAAAAGUGAUCAUAAAAUUUCGAAAAAGGGUUCGCAUGAUAGCGUUAGUCUUCAUGAAUGGGAAGAAUUUAGUAAUAAUAAAGGAAUUGAUCAUUUGUCUUAUUCAUCGUAUUUCAAUGACUCUACACCAAUUGAUAUCAGUCGAUUAUCAAUCAAUGAUUCUUCUACAAAUUCUGCAAAUGGUUUUGGUAAUGAAGUUAAGAGCACUGAUUCCUUGAAUAAGAUGAGAGCUCUACAUGAAAUUAAAAAAGUUCAAAGUUUGAGUUUGAAUGAUCAAUUAGAAGCAUAUAGAGAUAAGAUUUCAAUGACAAAAUGUGCUAUAGAGACUAUCAAAAGUACAGAACAUUUGCAAAAACAAAUGAUGGAUAAAAACAGGAAUUGUGAAUCCCAUAUUAUUACAAUAAAAGAAGCUAUCUUAUCGCCAAUCCCUGUAGAAGUAUCAACGUAUGAUGAUAAAGUUAGCAGCUUUAAGAGCUACUACAACGAAGAUCAAACGCAGCAACGUCAGCAAAAGCAUGAGGCUGAAAAUGGUACGGUACUCAUGAAGAAUAAAACUUCACCACGACAAAAUUUAGUGCCUUCACAUUCUCCUAAACCAUCCUCUAUUCCGAUAAAGAUCGAUAGUUUUCGAUCAGUUAAAAAGAGACCAGACAUUCCUAAAAAAUCUCCUUGCAUUAUUGAUGAAAGUUUGAAAAAAUAAAAGGUAUUUUAUUUAGAAAAGUGUUUAAAAUAUUCAUUAUUAAAUUGAAAACAUUCUCAGAUAAUGUUGGAUAUUUUAAUAAAUUAUUUCAAAAGUCGUCUCACUGUUGAAAUAACUUCACAUAAAUCGAUCAGAUGACAUAUUUCAGAGUUAGACAAAAAUUUUCAACCCUUCUUAAAGUGAUUUAUUGAACAAAAAGUUUAAGCUGAUUUAAGA